AUGGUUACUCGAGAUAACCGCAUCGUUCCCUCCUCUGAAGACGCCGAGGAAGAAACCAUCAAAAACAGAUUAUCCAAAGUCCUCAAAAAAUUCGACCACCUAAGAAUCGGCUAUGUAAUCCCCGAGGUAUCACCCAACCACCGCCUCGGCGCCAACAGCUUGAUCCUCAACAACUACAUCUACGAUAUCACCUAUAUCGAAGAGCGUAAGACCAGAAGAACGAACGGAAGUUUGGGGGGAAUAUUUCAUCGGCCAGCUCACCCAGAAAUAAGGAUACCAAAAACCAAUUCGGGAAUCAGGAAUAUCACUCUGGUCAACAUCCGGGAGUAUUACCACUCUGGUGUUGCUGGCGGCAAGCUGAUGCCAGGCAAGAAGGUGAGCUGUGGACCCAGCCCGAGAGUAAGAGCAAGAAAAAGGCAAAAAGCUCGCGCCAAAAACAACCUCCAGGAGGACGAUACAGCCGAUGGUGAGCAGCCUUCCGACCUAAGCGACUUCCUGCAGCAUAAGCGGACGUGCUAUACGCCGGCAACGGGUGGUGUCAGCGAACCUCGCCCGACGAUAACGGUGUCCAGUCGCGGUGCACCGCGCGCGCUUGGAAGGCGCCAGCAAGGCCAAGAGCCCAAAUACCUUUGCGACAUGUACGAGCGCGAUGCCGACUGGAAGGGCGAUGAGGAAUUCGGUGACGACGCGGAAGAUGAUGCCGAUGCCAGAUCCACUGUCAGUCCAGCCACUUCUGCCGAAGACGAGACUAUUGUCACCGUUGAGGAGGUUGAUCUAAGCGUAGAGGAGGAUUUUAUGUAG